AACGACGCACAUCAGAACAUGGCCAUGAUCAGUGACGAGUUAUUAGUCACAUUUAUGGGAAUCAACCUAGCGGUGACAUCAGCUAUUUUGGGCUUUGCAGGGAUAGUGUUCAACAUCAUCAACAUCACCGUAUUCGUCAGCCUCGGGUUCUCGGACACCACCAACAUCUCACUCCUGGGCCUCGCUGUGGCAGACAUCGGCGUCCUGUUUACUGAGAUCGGCUACAGCGUCACCUACAACCCGCUGACGCUGCAGGUCACUCCAUUUGAAACCAUCGACGCCGUCAACUACGUCGUCCUGGGCACCACCCACGUCUUGUUUUGUAGAAUAGCCGGGUGUUUAACAGCUUUCAUAACGUUCGAGAGGUUCAUGUGUGUAGCGUUCCCGCUUCAUGUCAAAGCCAUAGUCACGCAUAAAAGGACAACUUUUAUAGUAGUCAGCAUCUAUGUCACCCUCGUGGCCAGCACGCUGCCCCAGUAUCUAGCCAAUCAGAUGGCGCCGAGGUUUAACCCACAGUUGAACGUCACGGUGAUAGGAAUAGUCUUAUCCCCGAACGCUGACCAGCUGGAGUAUCUCACGCUGACCGUGCACAUCGUCACCCAAGUUUCGUCAUUCGUCGUCGUCGUGGCGUCCACCCUCGGUUUGGUGAGGUCGCUCGUCAGUGUGGCGAAAUGGAGGAGUUCCACGGCAUCGUCUUCCCAGUCUCUACAAGUUACCUGUCGUGACAAGCAACUGGUCAAGAUGGUGUUCCUGAUAUCGGUCGUCUUCAUCGCCUGCUCGCUGCCCACCGUUGUCGGCAACUUGGUGAUGGUAUUCGUCAAAGACUUUAACGUCAAGGGAAGGAACAAGAAUCUUUUUAUAUUCUUCGGCGUCAUCUGUUUCAUCUUGGACGCCAUCAACUCUUCCAUGAACAUCUUCAUCUAUUUGAGAAUGAGUUCAAAGUUCAAGGAAAAGUUCUGGUCAAUUUUUCAAUGC